AUGGAAGACGACGAUGACGAGUUCGGAGAUCUCUACACAGACGUCCUUCGACCCUUUGCGACGUCGUUUUCGUCUCAGGUACCAGCUCAAACUCAAGCCACCACUACGACGUCGUCUCUGGACCGUCCGAUCGAUCACGACAACAUCCAAGGUAACGAUGAAGAGAUUCUCUUUGGAGCUCGCAAUUCCAAUUCAAACCCUUCUUUUAAUCCAUUUAUUAGUUCUCAGCAAAACCAACAGGAAAACCUAUCUUUCGAGCCCAACAAGCUCGGCGGAUUGGGUCAAUCGGGGCCGUCUAUCGAUAAAACUUCCGAUUCUGAUCGGAAUUUGAAAGAAGAUAAAAAAGAAGAGGGUUUAGCUGGGAUUGGGAUUAAUUGGGCGGAAUCGGAUUCGAAAACUAGGGUUUUGGAGAGGAGUGAGGAUGUGGAAUUACAAGACAGGGCUUUUAGGGUUUCAAAUUUUAUGGACGAGGAAAAUAUUGACGUUGUGGUUGAAGAGAGAGACGAUAAAGAUGAUCUUCUGGUGGAAAAAGAUGAGAAAUUGAAGGGUAGAAGUGAGGAUCUCGAGAACUUGUUGGGUAGAAUUGACAAGACUGAGAAGUUUGGGGGUGAUAAUGAAAUUGGGGAGAUGGCUACGGAGUCAAUGAUUCCGGAGGUAUCGAUUCCAGGGAUCUCGGGUACGGUGGAUAACCGGGCAGAGGGGAAUCUCGAGGAUGAUUGGGAUAGUGAUAGUGAGGAUGAUUUGCAAAUUGUGUUGAAUGAUAACAAUCACGGGCCUUUGGGAAUGGAGAGAAUUGGAGGUGGCGGUGAUGAUGACGAUGAGGAUGAAGAUGGGGAGCCUUUGGUUAUUGUAGCUGAUAGCGACAACCUCAACCAUCAACCAAUGGUAGAGGAGCAAGACUGGGGUGAAGAAACGGCCCAGACAGGAGAUGGUGAGAGAAAAGAAUUGGGUGAUGCGGCAAAAGUGAACGGAGUAAUUGCUAUGGCACCAAAGAUUGGGUACAGCAAUCAUGGUUACCAUCCAUUUCAUUCUCAGUUCAAGUAUGUGAGACCCGGUGCAGCACCGAUGCCUGGAGCAGCUCCUUUGGGCCCUGGAGGAGCCCCAGGUCAAGUUCGGCCGCCUGUCAACGUCGGUCCCAUUACCGGUCGUGGUAGAGCUGAUUGGCGUCCAACGGGAAUAAGAAGUGCUUCUCCCAUGCAGAAAGGUUUUCAUCCAGGUUAUGGGAUGCCCCUUUGGGGCAACAAUGCAGGACGUGGUUUCAGCAGUGGACUGGAUUUCACACUUCCGUCGCACAAGACUAUAUUUGAAGUUGAUAUCGAUAGUUUUGAGGAAAAACCAUGGAAACUCCAGGGUAUUGAUGUAUCAGAUUUUUUCAACUUUGGUCUAAAUGAGGAAAGCUGGAAAGAGUAUUGCAAACAGCUGGAGCAGUUCCGCCUGGAGGCAACCAUGCAAAGCAAAAUUCGUGUUUACGAAGGUGGGAGGACAGAACAGGAGUUUGAUCCGGAUCUGCCCCCAGAACUAGCAGCAGCAGCAGGUAUUCACGAUGUUGCAUCUGAAAAUGCAAAUCUGGGCAAGACAGAUACUGGACAAAGUGACUUUGCAAAAGGAUCUGCGCGUAUGCGACCGCCUCUACCGACUGGAAGAGCAAUACAGGUGGAAAGUGGUUAUGGCGAACGCCUCCCAUCCAUUGAUACCCGUCCAGCACGAGUGCGUGAUUCCGAUGCGAUCAUUGAGAUUGUCUUGCAGGAUUCUACCGAUGGCGAUUCCUACCCAGGAAAUGACAUCGCAGAAAAUGAUCCAUCAAGAGAGGAUUUCAGAGGAGGUGAUGAAAUUGAAGAUGAGAUCCUGCAGGAAAAUGCCAAACAUUUUAAUGGUUCUCCACGUGGUUAUGAUGGUAGGAAGAGGGAGCUUCUAGGAAGAAGAGCACCAUUCAUGAAUCCUGAUGAUGACAAUAUUACUGAUGGAGAUGGAAUGAUGCCUCCUCAUUCAGAAGCACUCAGUAAACAUCGUUCUGAUUCAAGGGGGAAUGCCAUUGGAUAUCCUGAUAGGAAUUUUGGCAUCCCUCACGAUGAGAGGUAUGAAAUAAUGAUGGAUGGAGUUUCUGUGGAUUUUCUAGCAUGA